GUCGGAUGACUCGGUCAAACACUCGCCGCGUCGAGCAUCGCCACCAUUUUACUCCGUUAGCGGUGUGACGUGCGUGUGUCGGUCUGCUAUUAGAGCACUCAGAUUAAUAACGUGGAAAACGCGUUCCCGGCAAUGGACGGCAUUGCUAGUGAUGUUGCAGUUGGUGUAAAGAGAAGUUCAGAUGAAUUACUGUCUGGCAGUCUUUACAACAGCCCAAACUCUUCAGUCACAGCUAAUGGAAGUGACAGCAAGAAACUGAGGGUGGAGGACAGCAUGGACAGCCCACCCUCCCGGGUCAUUCACAUUCGCAAACUUCCGAACGAAGUUUCUGAGACAGAGGUCAUCGCCCUGGGUUUGCCCUUUGGCAAAGUCACCAAUAUCCUGAUGCUGAAAGGCAAAAACCAGGCCUUUUUGGAGCUCGGAACAGAGGAAGCAGCAGUCACCAUGGUGAACUACUACACGGCGGUGACGCCUCAAGUGCGAAACGUGCCCGUGUUUAUCCAGUACUCUAACCACAAAGAGCUCAAGACCGACAGUGCUCUCAACCAGCGUGCCCAGGCCGUGCUGCAGGCCGUAUCCGCGGUCCAGGAGGGUGGCUCCCCGAGCUCAGAUGCAGCGGGCGAGAGUGUGCUGGCACCUGCCCCCAGCCCUGUCCUGCGCAUCAUCAUCGACAACAUGUUCUACCCAGUGACCCUGGACGUCCUCCAACAGAUCUUCUCUAAGUUUGGGACUGUCAUGAAGAUUAUCACGUUCACCAAAAACAACCAGUUCCAGGCUCUUCUGCAGUUCAGUGAUCCUGUAAAUGCCCAGCAGGCCAAGCUGUCCUUGGAUGGGCAGAACAUCUAUAACUCCUGCUGCACGUUGCGCAUUGACUUCUCCAAGCUUGUCAACCUGAAUGUGAAGUACAACAAUGACAAGAGCCGGGACUACACGCGGCCAGAGCUCCCCGCGGGCGACGGCCAGCCGCCCGUGGACCCGGCAGUGGCUGCUGCCCUCAACAAAGACUCCACCUCCUUGCUCGGUACUCCGUCCGGGACUUCCUACUCUAGUGCUGGAGCGUUUCAGUCUUCUCUAGGCGCUAUCAGUCCUCUGAGUGCAGCCGCUGCAGCUGCAGCCGCGGCUGGGAGGGUGGCGCUCUCUGGGCACUCGGGAACCAAUGGAGUACUGCUCGCCAGCAAUCUCAAUGAAGAGAUGGUUACGCCCCAAAGUCUCUUUACCCUCUUCGGCGUGUACGGCGAUGUGCAGCGGGUGAAGAUCCUCUAUAACAAGAAGGACAGUGCGCUGAUCCAGAUGGCAGACGGCAACCAGGCGCAGCUAGCCAUGAGCCACCUAAAUGGGCAGAAGAUGUAUGGGAAAAUCAUCCGUGUGACCCUGUCCAAGCACCACACGGUGCAGCUCCCCCGUGAGGGCCUGGAUGACCAGGGCCUCACCAAGGAUUUCACCAACUCCCCCCUGCACCGCUUCAAGAAACCCGGCUCCAAGAACUUCCAGAACAUCUUUCCCCCUUCAGCCACCCUCCACCUCUCCAACAUCCCGGAGGAUGUCACUGAGGAUGACCUGAGACUUCUCUUCUCCAAUUCUGGAGGCACAGUUAAAGCCUUCAAGUUCUUUCAAGACCGCAAGAUGGCCCUCCUGCAGAUGUCUACGGUGGAGGAGGCUAUCCAAGCCCUGAUCGACCUCCACAACUAUGACAUGGGUGGAGGCCACCGCCUGAGGGUCUCCUUCUCCAAGUCCACCAUCUGAAGGCAUGCCCACAAUCUCUGGCCAAAUCUCCCCUCCACUCCUUAUGGAGCACAGAGUCAAUGUCAUUUGGAUCAGUCAUUCCUGGAGACUAUAACAGAAACACACCGACGUAGCUCUCUCUCUCUCUCUCAUGCUCUCUCGUUCACUCUAUCUCUCGCUCUUUCUAUGAGAAUUUCUCCUCUCCCUGUCGUUUGUGUGUUCAGGCAUGCUGUUCCCCCCCCCCCCCAACAAAAUGUGCCUUACAUACACCAAGCAGCAUCUUCUCUGUAUCCCUCUCUUACACAAGCGAUGGAAGUGUAGGCACGCUCGUUUUCUUCGUGUAAGAAGUGGUCGUGAAAGUCUUUGCCCUGACCCUGACUUUGCUUCUGUACAAUUUUUAAUGUGCUAGUGUUUUUUUCCCAGUCCAGCUGUCUUGCUGUUGGUCUCAACCAGAAGCAAAAUUCCAGUUAUGCGUCACUGGCGUAUGAGUGAUGUGAUUGGACAGGGUCAGCAUUCGCCAGUACAUGUUCUGUCCCAUUGUUUCUGGAAAGGAGGUGGAUUUUGUUUGGAGCUGGAACUUAAAAUACAGUAUAAAAUGAAAUGCUGGACACACACACACACACACACACACACACACACACACACACACACACACACACACACACACACACACAGGGCAGCGUAGUGUAUAAUAUAUUACAGCACCUACUGUUUGGAUACUCCCAAGUUAUUGUCUGUUUUCUGGGUUUUUUUUCCCUUCCUUUCUUUCCUUCCACUUUUUAUCUUUAAAGUAUAGAUGGAUUUUUUAAGCAUGCACUGCUGGGUCUUGGCUGUAGUGAGGGAAAGCUUGCUGUUGCAUAUGUUUGACCAUAGUGUGUUCAAGUUCGUUAAGGCAAGUCCGUCAUAAAGUUCAAGCAAACAAGUGAAAGAAAAUGUGUCUUUGCCCUCUGUUUUUUGUUAUCAGGCAAACCUGACAAUACUGAACUCAAACUACAUGAAGCACACUUCAAAAUAAAGAGCAUCGAACAGCUCUUCAUAUGUGUUUUUGAUCACUUGUUUGAUGAACACCAGCAUCACGUUGCUGUUAACCGAAUCUGAAUGCAUCUUAGACCUUUGUCAGGUUUUGUGAUGUCACUGAUGUCAUUGUGAAGUGUUGCCCUCAUGUGUAGAAGAAAUGUCGGGACCAAAGUUAACGUGCCUUUUGUCUUAUUUUUCUGUGUUGUGCAAAUUCAGUUUAUUCAGCCUCUGGAUUUUUGUUUAGGCAUCAUGGAUUGUAAAAAAAGAUUGGGAAUAUGCAGAAUAUAUGUCUGGAGGUUGGGAAGGGGUGUCACCUGUUGACAACUGCUCCAUUAAACAAAUGACUGAAUGCAUUCUGUGGUCAAAAAUAUGGAAAUGGAGGGUGGCACUGUAUAUUUUCUACAUGAGUUGAGUUUUUACAUCUUUAGAAAUGUAUAAUUCCAGUGUCGUUUGAAAGUGACAAGAUUAAAACUUCCUUUUUCUACCGAGCUCCUGCUGUAAGAUCCCUGUGUGGUGGUAGUGGAGAUGGUGGUGGUGUGCUUUCUCUGUGUAGCAUGCUGAAUAAAAACUCCUGCAACUCUGUA